AUUAUGAACUGGUGAACUUCCGGUGAUGUAAGACGCGCAAGUGUUUUGAUGUCUCGUGUAUGCACAUGUCUUCUGUCUUUACAAAUUCAUUAUUUCCCUUCAUUCUUUGGUGAUUCGCUGCUACACAGUUUGCAGUCAGCAGAAGUGAAGGAGUCUGAUGUUGUCGCGCGCUGCUGAAUGCGUCACGUGACGGCGGUGUGAUUGGAGGUUAAGAACUGUCAACAAGAAGAAAGAAAGUGCAUCCUGCCCUGUUUUGUGCAUGUAGAAGAGGAUCCAUGGGUGUCCUGCGGGUGCUGUCGGUCACCAUGGGAAGGAUCAGCACUUUUAGGUCCUAUCAGAUCGUGUUGCUCUUUGCUGCAGCCCUGGCAGUGGUGGCCUUCUACUACUUCGGCUCUGAAAAGCAGAACUUCUCCAGCACCACAAAACGGAUCAAGGAAACACAAGCGAGCCACAACACCAAUCGCGAUGAUGCAGAUCUCUCCGUAGACAUCCGGGCUGGACGUCCAGAAAUCAGAAUGGGAGCUGGAGAUGAGCUGGAGGGAAAGCCGUCACGCUUUCACGCUCUCAUGAUGUUCACCAAAGUUGACAAGAGCGUGAACUUGCAGCAGAAGUUUCAGGUGGCCAUGCGCUCCGUGGCCAAACAUGGCCGGUUCCUGGAGGAUGAGGUGCUGGUUCUCCAUUACGUCUCUGAUGCAGGUAGUCAGGAGCUGGGGGAGAAGAUGCUUCUUGAACUUCUGCUGGAUGCAACCUUCCGGUACGAGGUGGUGUUUCACGAUGUAGGCGCCCUUACGGAGAAAUUAUUCCCCAUCGUAGAGGCUAUGCAGAAACACUUCAGUGCAGGUUCUGGCACAUACUAUAGCGACGCCAUCUUCUUCCUGUCGGUGGCCAUGCAUCGCAUCAUGCCUACAGAACUGAAGCGCAUUGUUCAGCUGGACCUGGACCUCAAGUUCAGAAGCAACAUCAGAGACCUCUUCCAAGAGUUUAACCAUUUCCCUGCUGAGGCUGUCAUUGGAAUUGCGCGUGAAAUGCAGCCGGUUUACAGGCACACUUUCUGGCAGUACCGCAAAGAGAAUCCGAAGUCCCGUGUGGGUGACCCUCCACCAGACGGUCUGCCCGGCUUCAACAGCGGCGUAAUGCUUUUGAACCUCGACACCAUGCGUCGCUCUACCUUAUACAACCAGCUUCUGGAGCCCGAGCGGGUGGCUCGUCUUGCAGAGAAAUACCACUUCCGGGGGCACCUAGGUGAUCAGGAUUUCUUCACGAUGAUCGGGAUGGAGCACAGGGAACUGUUUUACCCACUGUCCUGCGGCUGGAACCGACAGCUUUGCACAUGGUGGAGGGAACACGGGUAUGGUGACAUCUUCCAGCUGUACUAUCGCUGCGAUGGGCCAGUGCAUAUCUACCACGGCAACUGCAACACUCCCAUACCCGAUGAUUGAGGUUUAAAGUGCGCCUUUGAAUGCAAACUUUUAGAAACUCAUUUUGUUUGCACAUCUUUAAAUUAAAUUAAAUUAAAUUAAUGCAUUUAGCAGACGCUUUUAUCCAAAGCGACUUACAGUGCAUUAACAACUUUAAAUCAAGUGGACCAAGGCAGAAGGGGCUCAUUGUUAGAGGUGCUAAUAGUGCAGCAUUCCCAUGACUAAUCACAUUUCCACAAUAUAACACCGCUGAGGCUGUUGGUGCCUUUCCAAAGUUACUGAAAGAAACUCUGGCUUAAAUACCAGUUGUUUUUCUUUAUUUAAAGAAUGCAGUGAGACUUUGACUCUUGAGUUUCCUCAUGCAGGUGUCUCAUUAAAUCACUCUUAGACAGCAGGUUGUGAAAGAGCCAAUCAGAGAAUCUUUUUCUCCUUCUUAUUUCACUCUGUAUUGUUUACAGGUGCACUCUUGCAGUCACAUUAAGAUACCACUUAUCUUCACUUUAAAAUGUGGAGAGUUGCUGCAUAUAUUUUUACUAGUUUUAACCUCUCUUAUCUUCAAUUCUGUGAAAUGCAUUCCCACUUUAAGCCACAUUUCCCACUCAAUCGCAAAUGUUUUUAUGCAGUGAUGAUGAGAAAUGAGGGGGAAAGGGUGUUGACCCAUUUUCCUGAGUUUUUAUACGCUGGUUUUGGAAAGUCGUUUCUCUGUGAUGUGCAACUGAAUCGCCUUAGAAAGCCAAGAUAACAUCUCAGAUCUGAGGUCUCAUUCUUGCCGAGGUGGUCUGAUCCGCCUGAGAAAUGUGGAAGUGGGAUUUGCUGGAAUAUUCCAAAGGGAACAGCCUCUGCCCUGAGGGAAAUAUGCACUAGAUUCAAGGGCAGAGCACUAGCUGUUGUGGUUGGCUGGCAUUUAUUGAGUGAUGUUGCUGUUGGCGAAACUCUGCUGGGUUGUGUGAAUUUCUCGUUAUAACCUGCACGAUGUCAAAUCAACAGGCCAGAGAGAAAGAACUUAGUAAUCAGGCCUCACAUGUUUUGGCAGGCAGCCAUGAGAUCCCACUUUAAGCUCUUCUGUGUCCAGUACGGUGAGGUUAAUGACUGCGUGUCCUCGGGAUUUUCAGUGAAUUUGUCUUUUGUUUUGCCGUGAGUGCGGUUAUGUGUUUUCUAACUGUUUUAGACCGGCUUUUGCCUGAUCAAGUUAAAAGCAGUGUUUAAAAAAAGUGUUUAACUAAUUAACCUUUAAUCUGCUAGUCAUAUCACAUGAAGUAUUCAUGCUCUUUUCCUGUUUUCUUUGUGUAAGUCCUGAAAGAUGAGCAGAGCAUAUUUUGGUGUAAAUCUUUAUUUGUACAUUAUCAUUCAAAAGCUAGGGGUUGGAAAGAUUCAUGUGCCGGUAUUUGGUAAUAAUACAUCACGAUAAAGAACAUGUACAAUAUUGUUAUCACGAACUCUUCAAAAUAACAUGAAUAAUUAUUUAUUACAGAUUAUUCUUUUUUUGGAAUGCAUUUUAAGAAUAUGCACAACGCUGCUUUAUGCUGCUUCAAAGAUGCAUGCACACUCUGAUUUAAACAAGCCCAACAUGGAUGAGAAGCACAUGGCGGAACAAGUGAAUAAAUGACAUUCACAUUUACUCUGACAGCAGAUGGCGCUGAUGGAACAGCAGAAAUGCAGCUGUUACCCUGGAAACCCCAUAAACAAAGCAGCUGCACUACUUUGUUUUUGAAAAGUAUAUGAUUUUAUAAGCCAUUCAGAUUUUUGUAUUUGCUGUGGUGUUAAUCACAGCACUGACUUAAAAAGCUAUUUAUUUGAAACUGUACACAAUGCGAGGGUGACGUGUUAGCCCAUAAAGGUAGCAUUUUAUUGCCAACGUGUAUAUGCAUUUGCAUUUUAUUGAGGCGGGAACUUUGUGUAGAAAUUGUGCAACAUUCAGGAGCUGGUUUUCAACCCUGCCCCCGUAAAUUUUAUAAAUACAAUAGCUUCGCUACUAAAAUCUAAUAAAUUUCUCAGCAAUGAGAAAUGUAUAGAUGCCCGUAUUUAAGGCAUCAUAGACGCGUCUCUUAUGAAAGCUAUAACGCAGUUUGUCCCAUAUUCGCAGGCAUACAUCAUAUGUCCACCAGACCAUGAAUAACAAAUUCUCAGAUGAUAAUUAUUCAUUCUUUUUGCACAAAUCAUUGUUUUAUUUGUGAACGUAGGCAUUUGAGGAAGGCUUUAAGACAAAGCGGAAUCCUCUGUGGGCUCCUCCUGCUUCACAUCGAGUGGGACUCGCGCUAACAGCUAUUCACUUCACCAUCCAUGUUUUGAUUUUGGCAAAUCAGUUUGAGCGAAUGCAAACAACUUAUUGAUUAUGAGCCCAACAGCCAGCAAGGCAGGAAACAUUCAAUCUACCUGAGCCUGAGGGAAGACAUCUUUCACUAUUGUAAGUUAAUGCUGUUAAUAAUAGAAGAGUAAAAAACACAUUAAAAAAGAACUUCUAGCACGUUCUUAAACUUGGACCUCAUUAUAUCGCAGUAGAAAUCCAAGCAAAUCCAAGUUUUCUUUAAUUGAAAAAUAUGCAUUUUCAAUCAUAUGGUUGCAAUAGGCUAAUAGCCUAUUUUUAGUUUAAAAAUUUAAGUGCCAUUACUUAUUUAAAAAAAAAAAAAUAUUAUUGACUGACAUUUCAUAGUGAUUCAGUUAUGCUUUCAAAUUUCAUUCCAUUUGUAUUUUCACCUCCUAAAUUACUAAACUACUUGUGCAGUCACAAUUUUAUAAUGGUUCAAUUUACUUGGGCCGAUUACUUUUUUUUUCGUUCUUUUUUUUUUUGUAUGACAUUAAAAUUAUUUUUAGAAUAAUUGUACAUAAAUAGAUUAAUCAAAACGUGUUUAUUUCUAAGAACUUUUUAACUGCAGGCAGACAUUAUGGUACAGUACAAAUAUUUUUUUAGAGAUAUGCGAGCAAAAAAUAAAAGAUAAAAAAAAUUUAUAAUAGAAAGUGCAAAGGUGGCGCUGAAAAGGUAUAUUAAAAAACACUUUUUUCAAAGCAAUUAGAAGGCUGUAGAGAACAGUACGCUAUUGCAGAUUUACAUACUGAGGUUUUAAUUACAUUAUUGUAAUAGCUAUAGUCAGUCAUGAACUAAAGUCGGCUGGUCUAAGGCAUGAAACUCCAGGACUGAAAUGAGUCCCACUCCAGCCCUGGAUACCAGUCAUGUCUAAAGUGAAUGUAAACAGGUGGGCAAAAAAAUUGGAUAUGGUCAAAAGAUUGGAUCUGUGAGUUAAGACUUGCAGUGGUAAUGCAGCCCUAGAUAUUUUUUUGAAAAUGUUUUGAUUCUUUAUUGUUCGAUCAUACUUUAUAUUAAAGGUGCAAGAGGUGAUUGUCUUCAGAAACUUUUUUUGUUAUGCUGGUUGAAAGUCUCUUCACAUCCCAAUAGCAAUUUAUUUAUAUAUUCUGUGGAAGGCGUAGUUCCAAAAAAUGUUAGCCCAAUCAAAACACUUGUUUCGAGCAUUUUGAUAGACUUUCCUACCUGCCUGUCAACAUGUAUUUGCAUACCUCUGCAUACAAUGUCAAUGAAAAAUUCUUCUAAAGCAUUUAUUAAUCUUAGUUAAUUUCAACAUUUAAUAACACUUUAUUAAAAUCAAAAGUCAUAACUGUAUUAUUUAAUAGACCUGAGCUAAUAUGAACUAACAGUAGUACUUUUAACAAAGAAUAAUAACUUAUUUAACAAAUGUAGCUAUUGCUUAUUUAAUGUUAAAGCAUAAACUAAGGUUAACUAAUGAGAACUUAUUUUAAAGUUUGACCUAUUUUCUUUAUAAUUCUUUUGCACUUUAAUCUGCUUGAAACAUUCAUUUGAUUUAUAAUUUUUGUGUAUUGCUUCUUUGUAUCUUGUGUAUGUUCAGUUCUUUUUGUUAUUAGAAAAAAAGGUAUUAAACCUGUUAUACUGGUUAAACAUUUCUUUUAAUCAGUGUUUAAAGAAAUCAUAGCAUUUAUUUGAAAAAGAACGCUCGAUCAAUUUAAUGCAGUUAAUAAAUAAUUAAAAGUAUUAAUUUCUGUUUUUAAAUCUUACUAACCCCAAACUUUUGAACUAUAGGCUCAUAAAGACUCUUACCUACUCUUUACCUUGUUUUCCAUUAACAUUUUUUUCCCCAAAGGAAUCUCUCAGGAAAGAUUGAUGGAACAAAUUUUCCUUAGUAUAAGGAAAAUGUAAUUAAACCUCCACAAACUACACUUCUAUGUAGUACAGGUUAUUCUUUCUACAUAACCACCUGUUUGUACUUCGAUUUUGAAUACUGAAUGUAAUACACACACUUGUUGUGUAAAAUAUGUUGUGUCAUAGAAAUUGAAUGUAUUAAUCAACAAAAUUACAGAAGUGAAGGUGCAUCAAAUUUUUAAUAUAUGUAAUAUAUCUUUCUCUUCAUGCAAAUAUAUUGGUGGUCUGAAUAAAAUGUCCUUCUAUUUCCUAUAA